AUGGCUUCAUCGCCUUUGGAAUAUCUGCCUUGUGCUCUGCCCUCUCGACCUCUACCGGCAGAUUUGGACUCAGAGGCUGUCUGCAACAGUUUUCAAGAUGUUCUAUACCAUCCGGAUGCAUCUAUCUUAACAACCGAUUCUUUGUGGCGGGACCUGUUUGCUUUGACGGGCAGCAUUCGCACCUUCUAUGGAGCGGACAAAAUCGUCAAAAUCUGGAAGACGCUUACCGCCAACGCGCGCCCGAAGCGCUUCAAAUACGUUCAAAAGAGCUCGCGCACAGUUCGGUUUGGAGAGUCACAGUGGAUUGAAGGCACGUUUAGCUUCGCGAUCGACGACGCUCCGGCCAGAGAUUGCACGGCCAUCAUCUCUUUGGUUCCAACCGCAGACGGGAAAUGGCAGAUCUGGAUCUUUCGCACGUUGAUUGACAAACUGCAGAACCAUCCGAGCGUCGACAAACUUGCCCCGGUCAGCGCCCGCACUACCGAUGCCAAGUCAAUCCUAUCGAUGCGAACAGCACAGGAUGAAUUCGAUUGUGCAAUUGUUGGUGCGGGCCAGGCUGGGUUGAGCGUUGCCGGCAGACUUCAGUCGCAAGGGGUCAAGUACGUGCUCCUGGAGAGAAAUGCUGAGGUUGGUGACAGUUGGAAAACCCGUUAUAAAUCCACCAAACUACACACUACUCGAGAGUCCUCGCAUCUACCUUUCGACAGAACUUUCCCACCGCAUUAUCCGCAAUACCUUACCAAGGACGACUUGGCUCAAGGCUACUUGGACUGGGCCAAGAAAUAUGGCAUCAAUGUCUGGCUUUCAACUACGGUUGUAUCUGGGCGAUGGCACGAAGACGAGAAACGGUGGACACUGAAUCUUGUCCGAAAUGAGGAAAGGAAGAGUAUCACAGUUACACAUCUCGUGAUGGCUCUGGGUGCUGGCUGUCAAAUUCCCACGAUGCCCACGUACCCGGGUAUUGAGCGCUUCCGGGGCACUGUUGUCCACUCUGCCAACUACACAUCCGCCGAAGGAUGGGAAGGAAAGCAUGGCAUCGUGGUUGGCACUGCGAACACAGCUCAUGAUGUGGCCGAGGAUAUGGUUGCCGCGAAUAUGGCCUCUGUGACCAUGGUCCAACGGUCGCCCACCUACGUACUACCGGCGGAAUAUUAUACCAAAGUGCAAAACCUAUCAUACAACCCCGAGAUCCCAACUGAGGUCGCCGAUCAGAUGAAUAUGACGAAUCCGCUGGCAUUGAGCCGACAUCUCAGCAUGCUCAUGCUCAACGAAAUGGCGAAAGCUGAGCCUGAUAGAUUUGAUGCACUGGAGGCGGCCGGUUUCAAGGUUAUUAGAUACGGGGACCUCAUCUACCAGGUUUUUGAUCGGUUUGGCGGCCACUAUAUGGAUGUUGGAGCAUCCGCGAAGAUUGCCAAAGGCUUGAUUAAGAUCAAAUCAGACGCGCUGCCCCUCCAAUAUACCGAGGACGGACUCAAGUUCACCGAUGGGGCCGACAUCAGAGCAGAUUUCAUCGUGUUUGCCACCGGCUUCGUGGGAAGCAUGAAAGUCGCCAUCCACGAUAUUCUGGGCUCGGACGUUGCCGAACGCAUAGAAGAUUUCUGGGGGAUCAACGAGGAAGGAGAAAUCAAAGGCGCGUUCAAACCCUCGGGCUACCCGAAUCUGUGGAUGCACGGAGGAACUUGCGUACAUGCCCGGUACAUGUCAAAAUUUAUUGCCUUGCAGAUUCGCGCGGCGCUGGAUGGGACGCCGCUACCUGUUGCUACAGAAUAA